AUGAAUAAUAAAUCAGAAUUUAUAAACAUUAAAAUAGAAAAUUUGAACAAACAAUAUAAUAAGGAGAAAAUAAGUAAUAAAAGAUUUCGAGAGCACAGCAAUUUAAUAAAUGAAAAGAUUAAGAAAGUUCUGAGCAUUAAUAAUAAUAGUAACAGUAGUAGUAGUAACUGUAAAAGUAAUAAUUAUAGUAAUAGUAACACCAACCAAGCUAAUCAGAAUUGUAAUGUAAACACAUUUAAAUAUAAAACAAUUUUUCAUCAAAGCAAUUUCAUUAAAUCGCUAAAAGUAAUGGAGAAUAAAGAAGGGAAAAGAAAAAAUUUUUUGAAAAAUUGGAAUAUAAAUUACUUAUCAAAUAAUUUCAAUCAUUUUAUUAAACAUAUCGACACGGCAAGUGGUGGUGCUAUUAGAGGUAGUUUUAGCAAGAGUGGCAAUAAGCAGAGUAGUACAAACCAGAGCAGUAUCAAUCAGAGCAGUAUCAACCAGAGUAGUGGCAACCAGAGCAGUAUCAACCAGAGUAGUGGCAACCAGAGCAAUGGCAACCAGAGCGGUACAUACCAAAGGUGCGUCAACACUAACAUCAGUAACAAACUUCAUAGUUCUAACCAUGAUGACUACAAAAAAAAUGACUACAUUAGCAGCACUCAUUUAACAAGUAAGAAAAAUACGAAUGACUUAAAUCCAGUGAGCAGUAACAAUCUUGCAUCCAUUUUAUACAACCAAGAAUAUUAUUAUAAUAAAAAUUUGAUAAAUUACAACAAUAUACCUGACCAGGUUCAGGAAAAUGUAAGUAAACCACAGAACUACUUAGAUUUUAGCGAUGCGUGGAAUAAAUUUAAGUUCAGAAACGUAGCUGCUAAUGUAGUAGCCAACGUAGCGGCCAACGUCAUGUCAAAUGUAACCACCGAUUUAACGUUAAACAGGAGUAGUAGUAAUGGCAGUAGUAGCAACAGUAACAGUAACAGCAGCAGUAACAACAACGUUAGCAAUUAUAAAAAUGUUAGCAGUUAUACGAAUAUUAAUAGUAAUAGUAACAGUAACUAUAACAGCAACCACUGCAGUAACUAUAACAGCAACCACUGCAGUAACCACAGCAGUAACCACAGCAGUAACCACAGCAGUAACUAUAACAGCAACCACUGCAGUAACCACAGCAGUAACUAUAACAGCAACCACUGCAGUAACCACAGCAGUAACUACAACAGCAACCACAGCAGGAACAGUCAUAAGAGUAGUAAUACUAACAGCUAUAAUAGUAAUAAUAAUGGUGCUCCUUGUAGAAGUUUGCACACUAGUAUAUGCAGGAAUGCGAAUAACGGGAUGGCAAACAAUGGCAACGUUGGAAGUAUGAACAACAUGAUGAACAGCCAUGUGAAUACUUGUGUGAGCGGUCACUUGAAUGAUGGAGUGAAUAACCUGAACAGCAAUGUAAAUUGCAAUAUUAACUCAAAUAAUAAAAAUAUAUAUAGAGAUGAAAACAACGCACAAAUGUUUAGAGAAAUGACAUACAGCAGCAAAACGAAUAGUAAUAAUAUUAUUGGUAAUAGCUAUCAGGAUUCUAAUUAUAGCACUUAUCACAAUGGAAAUAGUAACAGUAACAGCAAUGAAAGUAAUGGCGGUCAUCACAAUAAGGAUUAUAAUGGUAAUAAUAGCAGCAACAAUCGUAAUAGCAAUAAUGGAUAUAAUAAUAGCAACAGCAAUAGUAGUAGCCACAAUAAUAAUAGGUAUAACAACAACAGUAACAGUAAUAGUAACAGCUAUAGGAGUAACAACGAUUUGAAUAACAGUAAUAAUAAUAAUAAUAAUAAUAACAAUAAUAAUAACAAUAAUAAUAAUAACAGUGGUGGUGGUGGUGGUGGUGGUGAUGGUAAUGAUAAGAACAACAACAACGAUGAUGAUAAUGACAAUGAUGAUGAUAAGAAGAACAACAACAAUGAUGAUGACGAUGAUGAAAAUAAAAAUAUUUAUAAAAAUAAUUCAUCUUCGUCAGUUUCAGCCUCAUCUUCUGUUUCUUCUUCUUCUUCCUUUUCCUCGUCAUUCAUAAUGGCUAAUGUACAGUCGUGUAAUACACCGAGGGUAGUAAAGAAUAAAUGUAAAAAAAAGCAUAAAGGUGGAAGAAGUGGAUGUGCAGGUAGUAAUGGAAACAAUAGCAGUAAAAGAAAUAGUAAAAAUUGCUCUGUUGCUACAGGUGGGACAACAACUAUGAUGGCUGGUACGGAGUCCUCUAAUACUGCCGCGUACACUGCUUCUAAUACUGCUGCUACCAUCGCCACUAAUAGUAGUAAUCGUAACGUGUAUGAUGAAUAUAACAGCAUCUUUGGAAAUUAUGAGAGGAGAAAUAGCAUGAAUGUUAGAAGGGGAUCGAAGGAAGAAAAUUGUGAGUACUACCACCAUACCAACGGGGGUGAUAAAUAUAGGCAUUCGUCAAACAGCAUAAUGAAUAACUUUCAGAAUAUGUCCAGUGGUAUUGAUGAUACAAAUAUACACUCGAAUGUGGAAGAAAAUGGUACAUAUAAUAAUCGUAGUAACAGUUAUGGAAAUGGAAGGGGCAAUGACAAUGCUGCCAUUAGAGGUAGCACUGCCAUUAGUGGUAAUACUCCUAACUGUGGUUAUGCUGAUAACAGCGGGAAUGGAAAUUACGAAACAAGCUACAGCAGGAGCUACAACUUGCCUAGUAAAAAUUCUGGAAACAAGAGAAACUACAUUUCGAAUAAUAGCAAGGAGUAUAGUGAUGCGAGUAAGAAUGUAAAUUACUACACAAAUGUAGAUGAGAAUAGCUGUUAUGGUAGCAACAAAAAUAGCACUAGCAGUGAAAAUUUAAACAAACAAAUGAAAAAGGGAAAAGAGAUGAACGAACAUAACGGGAAUAAUGAGAAUAACGAGCAUAACGGGAAUAAUGAGAAUAACGAGCAUAAAGAGAAUUAUGAGCAUAAUGAGGAAGAUAAGAGUGAAGAAAUGGAAAAGAAAAAUACAGUUCCAAUAGCAAAUUUAGAAAUGUUAAAUCCAGAAGAUAGGAAAAGAGAAGCAGAGAAAUACAAGGUACUAGGAAAUCAAAGCUAUAAAUUAGGAUAUAUUGAAUCAGCUAUAGAUUAUUAUACUAAAGCAAUACAGUAUGACAACACAAAUCAUGUAUAUUAUACUAAUAGAGCUUUGUGUUAUAAAAAACAAAAAUUAUGGAAGAUGGCAAAUAUUGAUGCUAGACAAGCUUUAAAUUUAGAAGAAGAAUCAGUUAAGGCUCAUUUCAUUUUAGGAUUAACUUUACUACAUUUAAAUAGUUUAGAAGAAGGACUAAAAAAAUUAACAAAAGCAAAAACAUUGUCAAGUUAUUUAAAAGAUUCGAAUGAAAGUGAAAUAAAUAGAUAUAUAUUACAAGCAAAAAAAUUAAUUUAUUUACGUGAUGAACAAAAUAAACAGCUGAGUUAUACAGAACUUCAAUCCUUUUUAAUAGACAAAAUAAAUUUGCUUAAUCAAAUUGGAUAUAUAACAAAUGAAGAAAAAUAUUUGCGAAUUCAACAAACGGAAAAUGUUUUUAAGGAAAUUUUAGAGACAUUUCAAAAAAAACAAAUACCUGAUUAUUUGUGUUGUAAAAUUUCCAUGUGUUUAAUGAAUGAGCCAGUCAUAACUCCUAGUGGAAUGACUUAUGAUAAAAUUUUUUUGUAUGAACAUGUUAAGCACAACGGUCCCUACGAUCCUGUCAGCAGAGAGCAGUUUUCUAUUCGGGAGGUUAUACCAAACUAUGCCAUUAAGGAAGCAACCGAUAAUUUUUUGAAAACCAACCCCUGGGCUUUUGAAGAGUAG